GCAGCAUUGCUGUGGACAGCUGGACAAUACUUUUUAAUGCGGAUUUGCUUACUAUACGUGAUAUAUGAGUCUUUUAUAUCUAUAAAAAUUAAGUCAUUUCUUUUAAAUUUUUUUACUCUUCUAUAUUAAUAAACUGUUAAUUUGAGAAAAUGAUGCUCUUCAUGUUAUUGUUUAGCCGACAAGGCAAAUUAAGAUUGCAGAAAUGGUAUGGUGCAUAUGCUGAUAAAACGAAGAAAAAAAUAACACGUGAAUUGGUUACUACGAUACUGGCCCGAAAGCCUAAAAUGUGCUCAUUUUUGGAGUGGAAAGAUUGCAAAAUUGUUUAUAAACGUUAUGCUAGUUUAUAUUUCUGUUGUGCGAUUGAACAAAAUGACAACGAAUUAUUGUUUAGCCGACAAGGCAAAUUAAGAUUGCAGAAAUGGUAUGGUGCAUAUGCUGAUAAAACGAAGAAAAAAAUAACACGUGAAUUGGUUACUACGAUACUGGCCCGAAAGCCUAAAAUGUGCUCAUUUUUGGAGUGGAAAGAUUGCAAAAUUGUUUAUAAACGUUAUGCUAGUUUAUAUUUCUGUUGUGCGAUUGAACAAAAUGACAACGAAUUAUUAACGUUAGAAAUUAUACAUCGUUACGUGGAAUUGUUGGAUAAAUAUUUUGGAAGCGUUUGCGAAUUGGACAUUAUUUUCAAUUUUGAAAAAGCUUAUUUUAUAUUAGAUGAAUUGUUAAUCGGAGGUGAAAUACAAGAAACUUCGAAGAAAAAUGUUUUAAAAGCAAUCGCUUCACAGGAUUUAUUACAAGAGAAGGAAGAGUACUUUUAUACUCUACAAUAAUUUGAACGUUUUAUUUUUGUUUUAUAAUUGGUUAAGUGUAAUUUUUUUAUAUGUAAAAAUGCAUGUAUCCAGCGAAGCAGUGGUAACAAUUUAGUUUAUAUUUAGGUUAAUUCAUGUUGCAAUCAAUCUUGCCACUAAAAAUUUUACAGUAUUCGACUUGCCAUAAAAAACAAGCGCUGUUAAAUUUAUUUUGCUGUUAUUGUAUAAUUUUUUAAAUACGUAAACUCAAAGAAUCUGUUAGCAUUUGUAAGAACGCUUCUUGUUCACUUUGUAUGUCUUAUGUAUAACCAGCGUCCGUCCUAAGUAA